AUGGGUCAUCAUGCAAAUGGAGCAGUUGAUUACAAUGAGAAAAUUCGCAGCGCACGUGAUGGAUCACGUGACGGAUUGAAGAAACUGUGUAUUCCUUCGUUCAUCCGUGACAAUGUCCGGUACCCUCAGGAAGCAUACAUUGCUUGCUGCAGUAAGAGUACCUACCCUGUUGAUAAUGUCAGCAAAGAAGAAAACAGACGAAAAUCACAACCGGACAAGGGAAGCAGUCAUGAUAUUGAUCUUAGUGAACCACCUCAACAAAAGCCAAGGAGAAAGAAGAGUCCCAAUGUCAUUAAAGAGGACAAACCCAAAAGAACUCGGAAUCCUGUUACACCGAAGCCUGUUCAAUCAAAAGAAAACCCAACUGAUAAGAGGAGGUAUGUAAGAAGAAGAGUAAACAGCAGUUCUGCUUUUCCAACAGAAGUGACUGGAGAGCCAAGUAAAGAAAAGCUGCCUGAAUCUGCCCAAUGUCAUGUAGAAGGUCUCUAA